AAAAUGCCUCACAGGAAAUCCCAUGCUGUUUUGUUGCUCUAGCGGUAACUACUCUUAAAAGAAGAAUACAAGAAAUUUAGCAAUUAUGUUGAAUGUCUAGGAUAAUUAGCAGUAGGACAAAUUGGAAUAAGUUAUUCAAAAAUCACCUGCUGGAACAUCAAAAUGCGUUAAGACUCUAAGCCGGGCCGUCAAUCAACCGAAAAGCUGAGAGAUUCAAGUACUUUUUUUCUUUGAUCCAUGCCUUCAGGCUGUUUUUGAAUGGGUAAAAAAGAUGAUUCUGAAUUUAGUUCUGUUAUGGCUUAUUAAUAGGCUUGUCAACAACCUAGCGAAAUAAUGGCACUGCGUUUGGCUCCAACUCUUGGCUUAAUAUUCAAGAUAUUUAUUCAAGGUCUGCUGAUAUGGAAAGGAUUCGCUAUCGAUACAAAGCGGACAGAGGUUGUGCAGAAACUAGAGAUGGAUCUCUUCAGGACAUACAACAAGGAUGUCCUUCCAAAAGAAACUCUCGACAAAGGCGUCCCUGUCCGUCUGGACCUUGCGCUGAACCAGAUAAUAGACGUGUAUUGGAGGGAUCCCCGGUUGCGGUGGAAUGUCUCGGCAUAUGAUGGCGUCGAUAACAUUGUCAUUAAAGCGUCAAGGCUAUGGCUACCGGACAUCACCCUCUAUAACAAUGCCCGUGAUGACUACAAGUUAGACAAGGAGAGUCAGCACAGUCUAACCAUCACGUCACGUGGCGGGGUGUCUAGAUUUUUCCCGACCAUCUACAAAAGCUCUUGCGCACUUAACAUCAGGCAUUUCCCAUUCGACGACCAGACAUGCAUCCUGAAGCUGGGGUCGUGGUCAUAUAACGUGUUCGAGGUCAACCUCACUAACGUGGGCAACGGAGACCUUAACUCUUUCAUCUCAAACGGCGAAUGGGUUCUCAAGGGAAUGCCAGCGGAACGACACGAGACGAAGUUCAGAUGCUGCCCCCAUCCAUACAUCUUCCUCCUAUACAAGAUCAACAUUCGCCGGCGCUCCCUGUACUACGUCAUCAAUUGCUUCACCCCGUGUCUUAUCAUGCUGGCCUUGACCUUCCUCGGGUUCUACCUCCCGUCAGGGUCCGGUGAGCGGAUGGGCAUGGGGAUCACGGUGCUCCUCUCGCUCAGCAUCAUCCAGCUCAUGCUCUCAGACUCCCUCCCCCCGAACGAGGAAAUCCCGCUAAUCGUGCGCUACUACGGGCUCACCAUGUUUAAUAUCUUCCUUUCUCUGGUGUAUACAUGCCUCGUUCUGAUGCUUUACCAUACCGAUUCUUAUCCUCUCCCUAAUUGGAUGAAAGUGCUUUUGUGUGAUUAUGGGGCGUGGCUUGUUAGAUUGACAGAGGAGUGGAGGAAGAUUCAAGAGAAACGGCGAAAUCUCGAGGAAGACACGAAAUACAUCUACAGGACCAAUUCUUUGGAUAAAUAUCCUCCAGCUUUGUGGUUACCCUGUGGUGAUAUUCCCACUGGUUCCAUUGCGGAGUCUGGGGCAAGUCGUAGUCCUCCUAGGGUCUCCCCCAGUGGUACAAGUGCAAAGUUUGAGAAAUUCAUUUUAAAUCAGUAUCGAGAGGAGGACAGAAAAGAACUUUUAAAGGAAGAGUGGAAGUUUGCAUCAAAAGUGCUGAACAGUCUGUUUAAAUGGAGCAUGGUAGCCUCAAUUAUUAUCAAUUUUUUUAUAGCAUUUAUUGGGGCUCCUGUGGAAAAUUUGACCGACUGGGUACCGAAGUAAAGUCGGGUUAUCGCAUCGAUUAGUCGUGCCCCUGCUUCGGUCUUUCAAGGAGAAAGAUCUGCUAGACAAAUGGGCACGUGUAAAUUAGCCUGAUGAACCCCGGCUAUACGCACUUUAUAGUACAAGGGUGUGUCUAGGAUUUAAACACGAGGUCCCGUAUAAGAGGAAUAAGACCGACACUUUCUUGCAUUUACCAUUAUUGGCACGGGUAAAAUCCUUUUGGCUUGAAUUGCUUUAAGCAGUUUCUUAUAAAACUGAACAUAUUAUCUGGUUCAAUGUGAUAUGUCUAUUAAUAAGUAUGGAGAAGAAAAAGUUUAAAGUGUCACUUACUUUGUUGGGCGAGGGUGUAUUUUAGAGAUUUGCAUUAAUUGGAAUACUUGAAAAAAAACACAAACAAAAAAAUCGUUGUAUAAACUUCUUCUCUAUUCGGUCCACAAGGUUUUUCGUUUGCUAGGAUACAGAGUUCAUAUCGCUACAAAUACAGUGUAAAUGGUUGGACUCCUUUGAUGAGUCGAGAUUCACAGUAAUUAGAGCAAUUAAAUUUUAGGGGAUGCAAGAACGUUGGUUGUGAAUCUAACUAACGAAGGUGUUCUGAGAGCACAAUUUUCAAAACCUACCAUUUUCUAGCUUCCAUUCAGUAUCAAAUCAACAUGUUCACGGCGCCAUGUUGUAUUGCGUCCCCUAAAAUCGACCCAGCAUUGUGGAUAACGUGAGAAUGGAGAAUCAUGUGCUCCGUAUCAAUCAUUAUAUCAAAUAUUUCGACAUUUACCGUCAAAAAGGUGACUUACGUGUUCCUAAAUCAAGGAUUCGUAGCUGAUCCAAGAAUACAGUGUUACUCGGCGUAAUUGUAUUCAUAUUUCGGAAAAAAAGGUGGUACAAUGA